AUGGCCAAGGGUGACGUUAACCAGGCCGAGAAGUCCGUCUUCGGCAUGCCCGGAUUCGUCGUCGACUUCCUGAUGGGCGGUGUUUCCGCUGCCGUCUCCAAGACUGCUGCCGCCCCCAUCGAGCGUAUCAAGCUCCUUGUCCAGAACCAGGAUGAGAUGAUCCGUGCUGGCCGUCUCGACCGCAAGUACAACGGUAUCGUCGACUGCUUCCGUCGUACCGCCCAGGCUGAGGGUGUCAUGUCCCUGUGGCGUGGUAACACUGCCAACGUCAUCCGUUACUUCCCUACCCAGGCUCUGAACUUCGCUUUCCGUGACACCUACAAGUCGAUGUUCGCCUACAAGAAGGAGCGUGAUGGAUACGCCAAGUGGAUGAUGGGUAACCUUGCCUCCGGUGGUGCUGCUGGUGCCACUUCCCUCCUCUUCGUCUACUCUCUCGACUACGCUCGUACCCGUCUUGCCAACGACGCCAAGUCCGCCAAGGGUGGUGGUGACCGUCAGUUCAACGGUCUCGUUGAUGUCUACCGUAAGACCCUCGCCUCCGACGGUAUUGCCGGUCUCUACCGUGGUUUCGGUCCCUCCGUUCUUGGUAUUGUUGUCUACCGUGGUCUGUACUUCGGCAUGUACGACUCCAUCAAGCCUGUUGUCCUGGUUGGUUCUCUUGAGGGUAGCUUCCUUGCUUCCUUCCUGCUCGGCUGGACUGUCACCACUGGUGCUGGUAUUGCUUCUUACCCUCUUGACACCAUCCGUCGUCGUAUGAUGAUGACCUCCGGUGAGGCCGUCAAGUACAAGUCCUCCAUGGAUGCUGCUCGCCAGAUCGUCGCCAAGGAGGGUGUCAAGUCUCUCUUCAAGGGUGCUGGUGCUAACAUCCUCCGUGGUGUUGCUGGUGCUGGUGUCCUGUCCAUCUACGACCAGGUUCAGCUCAUCCUCUUCGGCAAGAAGUUCAAGGGUGGCUCUGGCUAA